AUUUGCCAUGUCGGUGCAUUUCAAGUUCAAGUCGGAGAAGGAGUUCGGGACGGUCAACUUCCCGGGGACCGCGAUCCGGGUCAUCGACCUCAAGAAGGCCAUCAUCGAGCAGAAGAAGCUCAACAAGGGCCUCGACCUCGAGCUCGUGAUCACGGACGCCUCCAACAACACGGUCUACGAAGACGACAACCAGCAGCUGCCAAAGAACACGAGCGUCAUCGUCAAGCGCGUGCCGGCGAAGAACAACAACGGCCUCCUCGCGCGCAUCAAGGCGGAGCUCCAGGCCUCGUGCGUACCCUUUCUGCAUCUUUCUGCGUCUUCUGGCUGCACAUUGAGGACGAGCAUGGUCGUUGUUAAUAUCGUUCUUUCUACGCCUCUGCGUCCUCGUCCUCCUAUACAUUCCUGCAUGCUGUUGAUCGUCGUUGGAGAGUGUUUCACGCACGAUUCUGCCCCGUAGAGCCCCGCCGCCUCUGCUUCCGACGGUCUCGCCCCAACUGCUCGCACGCCCCGACGCCGCCGAGCCCACGCUUCUCAACGUUGGCGGCGCCGAGACCGUCGAAGAUGAACUCCAAGCGCUCGACAUGAUCCAGCAAGAAGCAGAAGAGGUGCGUAACACGCGCCUUGGCAACAAGACGUGGACGGCCGCGGGCGGCAGCAAUGCCCACCGCGUCGGCAACUACUAUGGCUCGAUGGGCGGCCGCGGGGGCCGCGGCGAUGCGCUUGGUGGCCGCGGUAUGCCUGGCGGUCGCGGCAUGAUGGGCGGUCGCGGGGACAUGGGCGUCAACCAGACGCCGCCGCGCGACUACCUCUGCUUUCGCUGCGCCGUGCCCGGCCACUUUAUCCAAAACUGUCCCACGAACGGCGACCCGAACUUUGACAAGCACAAGGUCACGAAGAAGACGGGGAUUCCCAAGACGUUCAUGCAGCCGAUCAAGGACUCGGAAGAGGUUGCUGUCGGCGCCGGCAUCACGGUCGUGAACGGUCCCCAGGGCGGCCUUGCCGUCAUUGGCCCCCAGACGCACAACUUUACAAAGCUCAUUGGGCUCUCCGGCGGCGGCGCCGCACUCGAGCAGCUGCGCAUGAACCCGCCCGAGCACCUCGCGUGUCCGCUCUGCAAGCGCCUCCUCCAGGACGCCGCGUUGAUUCCUUGCUGCAAUGACACGGCGUGCGACGAGUGCAUCCGCGACCGCCUCAUUCGACACAACUUUGAGUGUCCGUUGUGCCACCACGCCAACAUGACCCCCGAGCAGCUACUGCCCAACAAGGCGACGCGGACGUCGGUCGACGAGUUCCUGCGGCGAUCGCAGACGGAGCAGCAAGAGCGCGAGAAGAUCGUAAAAGAGGUCGAGGAGCAGUCGAAGCGCAAGCAGCUCGAGGAAGUUCAGGCCGCGAAGCGCGCGGGCCCGACCGCCGAUGCGAUCCUCGACAUUGCCAAGAAGCAAAAGGAAGAGGAGGAGGAAGACGACGGCUUUGGCGGCGACGUCUACGACACGAUUGACAUCUCGACGAAACCCGACGACGACGAGGCGCCAGCCCCCGAGGCGCCCGCGGCCGAAGACAAUACCAAUGACGAGAAGCCCGCCAUGUCCGAGGCCACCAAGACGGAGGAAGCGGCGACCUCUGGCCACGGGCCGCCACCGCACAUGCAGCCGUGGGGCGCCCGUCCGCCGAUGAUGCCGUGGCACGAAGGGCACCCGCCGCCGGGUCCUUGGUACGACGGUGGCCACGCGCCGUGGUUCAACGGCCCCCGGCCACCGUACGGAAUGCGCGGCCCGCCACCCCGCGGUGCGCCGCCUCGUGGCGCUCCGUUCUACGGCGAAUACUACAACGGGCCGCCGCCGCCGUGGAUGAUGCGCGGGCCUCCUUCGUUUGGCGGUCGUCCGCACCACGACGACGACAAGAAGGACAAGGCCGCCGACUCGGACGAUCGCCGCAAGAGCAGCCGACACAGCCGCGACCGUCAUCGCAGCCGCAGUCGCGACCGCAAGUCUCGCUACCGUAGCCGCAGCCGCAGCCGCAGCCGUAGCCGUCGCGGCCGGUCCCGUGACAAGCGUGACGACAAGCGUGAUGAACGCGAGAAGCGUGAUGGCAAGCGUGAUGACAGAGACAAGCGUGAUGUCAAGCGUGAUGACCGGGACAAGCGCGACGACCGGGACAAGCGCGACGACCGGGACAAGCGCGACGACAAGCGUGACGCCCAGGUGUCCGAGUCGCGGCGCGAGACGGAGGAGGUUGUCAAGACUGACACCAAGGAGAGCGUCAAGGUGGAAGCCAAGAGCGUCAAAGUGGAAGCCAAGGUCGACGUCAAGACCGAGGAGAAGGAGGUUGUCCGUGAAGAGAAGAAGAAGCUCCAGGUGGACGCGCCUGCGAUCGACUUGGAUUUUCUUGAUGACGACGACGAUGACGACGAUGACAUCUCGGCACCGCCCGUCAAGUCAGAGCCGACGCGUCGCGACGACAACCCGCGCUCCGAGAAGCCUUCUCGUCGCGACUCGCGCGACUACUCCCGCAAGACGGACGACCGAGACCGCAAGACGGACGACCGAGACCGCAAGGCCAGCGAUCGCGAGCGAAAGACCGACAACCGUGACCGCAAGUCGGACGACCGUGACCGCAAGUCGGACGACCGUGACCGCAAGUCGGACGACCGUGACCGCAAGUCGAAUGACCGUGACAAAGACCGUAAGCGCGAGAGCGACAGUCGUCGUCGGAGCCGGAGCACGGACCGACGCCGGGAGGGCGACCGCAAGUCGGCGCUGGAUCGUAAGCUACCGGACCGCAAGGAAUCAUCCAAGCGCAAGUCGCGUAGCCGGUCGCGUGGUCGAUCGAGUCGUGACGAGAAGCGUCGAUCGCGCGAGCGCCCGUCGUCCCGAGACCGGAGCAAGCGUUCGUCGCGCGAGGACGACGACCGUCCGAAGAAGCGGUCGGUCCUGGACCGCCUCGGCCCGAAGAAGUAGCCCGCUUUCGUGGCGAUACCUAACCCUUUCAUUAAUGCCACGCGAAUCUCUCCCUUG